AUGGAGAGCAGUUUGCCAGCUACCAGUAUGCCAGCCCCUUCAUCUUCUCCCUUGGAGAAACAUCCCAGCUCAGCCAAUGGUAAUGGAGAUUUUGAUUCAGAAGAAGGUUCAAGCUUGGAGGAAAUUGGCUUUAACUGGGGCGAGUACUUGGAAGAAACAGGUGCCAGUGCAGCUCCUCACACAUCAUUCAAACACGUUGAAAUCAGCAUUCAGAGCAACUUCCAGCCUGGGAUGAAAUUGGAAGUGGCCAAUAAGAACAACCCGGACACAUACUGGGUGGCCACUGUCAUCACCACCUGCGGGCAGCUGCUGCUUCUGCGCUACUGUGGCUACGGGGAGGACCGGCGGGCUGACUUCUGGUGUGACGUGGUGAUAGCGGACCUGCACCCCGUGGGGUGGUGCACGCAGAACAACAAGGUCCUGAUGCCCCCGGACGCAAUCAAAGAAAAAUACACAGACUGGACAGAAUUUCUCAUUCGUGAUUUGACUGGUUCUCGGACAGCACCUGCUAACCUUCUGGAAGGUCCUCUGCGAGGGAAAGGCCCUAUAGACCUCAUUACAGUUGAUUCCUUAAUAGAACUUCAGGAUUCUCAGAACCCUUUUCAGUACUGGAUAGUUAGUGUGAUUGAAAAUGUUGGAGGAAGAUUACGCCUUCGCUAUGUGGGAUUGGAGGACACUGAAUCCUAUGACCAGUGGUUGUUUUACUUGGAUUACAGACUUCGACCAGUUGGUUGGUGUCAAGAGAAUAAAUACAGAAUGGACCCACCUUCAGAAAUCUAUCCUUUGAAGAUGGCCUCUGAAUGGAAAUAUGCUCUGGAAAAAUCCCUUAUUGAUGCUGCAAAGUUUCCUCUUCCAAUGGAAGUAUUUAAGGAUCAUGCAGAUCUGCGAAGCCAUUUCUUCACAGUUGGGAUGAAGCUAGAAACAGUGAACAUGAGUGAGCCCUUCCACAUCUGUCCUGCAUCAGUGACUAAGGUUUUUAACAAUCAUUUUUUUCAAGUGACUAUUGACGACCUGAGACCAGAACCUAGUAAACUCUCAAUGCUGUGCCAUGCGGAUUCCUUGGGGAUUUUACCAGUACAGUGGUGCCUUAAAAAUGGAGUCAAUCUCACACCUCCCAAAGGUUACUCUGGCCAGGACUUUGACUGGGCUGAUUACCACAAGCAGCAUGGAACGGAAGAAGCACCUCCUUUCUGCUUCAAAAAUACAUCAUUCAGCCGGGGUUUCACAAAGAACAUGAAGCUUGAAGCCGUAAACCCCAGGAAUCCAGGAGAGCUCUGUGUGGCCUCUGUCAUGAGGGUGAAGGGGCGGUUGCUGUGGCUUCACCUGGAAGGCCUGCAGACUCCUGCUCCAGAGUUUAUUGUUGAUGUUGAAUCCAUGGACAUCUUCCCAGUGGGCUGGUGUGAAGCGAAUUCUUACCCUUUGACAACACCUCACAAAAUAGUUCCACAACAGAAGAGAAAGAUUGCAGUUGUGCAGCCAGAAAAACAACUGACAUCCACAGUGCCCGUGGAGAAAAUACCUCAUGACCAUUGCCUAUUCCCUCACCUGGAAACCACAGGUCCUGUCAACGGGAAAUACUGCUGUCCUCAGCUCUUCAUCAACCACAGGUGUUUCUCAGGCCCUUACCUAAACAAGGGGAGGAUCGCAGAGCUACCUCAGUCGGUGGGACCAGGCAAAUGCGUGCUGGUUCUGAAAGAGGUUCUUAGCAUGAUAAUCAAUGCAGCUUACAAACCUGGGAGGGUAUUGAGGGAACUACAACUAGUGGAAGACCCACACUGGAAUUUUCAGGAGGAGACGCUGAAGGCAAAGUACAGAGGCAAAACAUACAGGGCCGUGGCCAAGAUUGUACGAACUUCUGACCAAGUAGCGGACUUCUGCAGACGGGUCUGUGCCAAGCUGGAGUGCUGUCCAAAUUUGUUCAGUCCUGUGCUGGUUUCUGAAAACUGCCCAGAAAACUGCUCCAUUCAUACCAAAACCAAGUACACCUAUUAUUAUGGAAAGAGAAAGAAGAUCAUUAAGCCCCCAAUUGGGGAAAGCAGCAUUGAAAGUGGACACCCUAAACCAGUCAGGCGUAGGAAACGGCGAAAAUCCAUUUUUGUGCAGAAGAAACGGAGGUCUUCUGCCGUGGACUUUGCAGUAGGCUCGGGGGAGGAAAGUGAGGAGGAGGAUGCGGAAGCCUUGGAUGAUGACACAGGGAGCGAGGAAACAGGCUCGGAGCUGCGGGAUGACCAGAUAGACACCUCGUUGGCCGAGGUCCCCUCUGCCAGGCCCCGGAGGGCCGUCGCCCUGAGGAGCAGCUCCGAGCCUGAGCCCCGGCUGCCCGUGGAAAGGACGAGAAGGGGCCGGAGAGUACAGGCCGCCUCCUGUGCCGAGGGCGGCGACAAAGGCCCGGCAGCCAGCCAGGACCAGGACACAGCACAGGAAACAAAGCAGGAGGAGGAGGAGCGGCUCAUUCUGGAGAGCAACCCCCUAGAGUGGACGGUGACCGACGUGGUGCGGUUCAUCAAACUGACAGACUGUGCCCCCUUGGCCAAGAUUUUUCAGGAACAGGACAUCGACGGUCAGGCGCUCCUGCUGCUGACUCUUCCCACCGUGCAGGAGUGCAUGGAGCUGAAGCUGGGGCCCGCCAUCAAGCUGUGCCAUCAGAUCGAGAGAGUUAAAGUGGCUUUCUACGCCCAGUAUGCCAACUGA